AUGGGCCUACUUAAAUCAAAUGAUGCUGACGGCCUUGAGCUUUCCGUCAUGCGUGGUGAUGGAAAUGUUUUCAUUUCUUCGGACCUCCUAGAAUAUACCAGUGGUUUCUAUCUUCAUCGACAUGUGGAGAAACGUAAAUGCCUGCCCGCGGGGCCUCAGGAACAAAAUACUGCGGCUCAAAGUUUGAGUAUCCAUAAGACAGAGGAGGCGUUUAAUGGAGGCCCGUCUCAGCAAAUGAAACAUCGCGGAAGCGUGCGUUAG